AUGCAGCGAAGUUCGGCUCAGGCUCCGGCGGGGGUACCCACCCACCAGCCUUUUUCGGAGAUGGAGCAAUUGAACAGCACGCAGCAGCAGCAGCAGCAGCAACCGCGGCCUUCUUCUUCUUCCUCCUCUCGGGCAAACCAUUUUCACCCGGCCCGGCCCGCCUUGCUCGACCUCUUCAAUCGAUACUUAGGCAGGAAUGCAAGGCAGAAAUCGGACGAUUCAGUUAAAGAACCACCCAACAAGACACAGAAGCGGGUUACUGCUAUUAACAGAGACCUUCCUCCCCCUAAUGAGCAGUUCCUACAGGAUUUCGAGCAGAUACAGCGUCAGUUUCCUGACCAGGAGCAACUACGUGCUGUAACAGAAUCUGUUUUGAUAUCUCUGGUUAUCCAAUGCUGUGGUCAUGCUCCCAGAGCAGAGUUCUUGCUCUUUGCUCUACGCAGUUUGUGCACUAUUGCAUGCAUAAACUGGGAUGCCUUCUUGCCUUCUCUUCUUUCUUCUGUUUCCUCUGCUGAGACCCCCGGUGUUGGUCAGGGCAGUCAAACAGUAGCUGCUACUACUUCAGGCACCUCAUCCCAGUCAAAUGCCGUUCCCAAUUCCACUAAUUUUCAGCUAUCAAGUUCCGCAUCUCCCUUGCCUUCGGUUCAUGGUGUUGGGUCCCCCAUACAGUCAGUGCCUGAGCCGUCAUCUGGUGCCAAAUCGUCUCCCAUGAAAUCUACUGGUAUCAAUGGUCAACAGUCAGCUAGGUCCACCUUCUUCGCGAGAGAAAAUGCCUUAAGCAGUCUACGCCAGCUGUGCUGCAAGAUUAUUUUGAUCAGCCUUGAAUCUGAUCUCAUGCCUGUCACACGCGCAGAUAUCUUUAACCACAUGUUGAAUUGGCUCGUUAGUUGGGAUCAGAAACUGCAAGGUGUCGAUGAAUUCGAUAGUGCGAAAUCCUGGAGACCCGACAAGGCUCUCAUCGAGUGGCUGCACAACUCUUUAGACGUGAUUUGGCUUUUGGUCGAGGAUAAUAAAUGCCGUGUGCCCUUCUAUGAGCUGAUACGUAGUGGCUUGCAGUUUAUUGAGAAUAUACCGGAUGAUGAGGCGCUGUUCACCCUUAUCUUAGAGAUUCACAGAAGGAGAGAUGUGAUGGCGACCCACAUGCAGAUGCUAGAUGCACACCUUCACUGCCCUACGUUUGGAACCCCCCGACUUUUGCCUCAGGCCCCUGCCAACAUAUCUGGCGAAACAGUGACUAACAUGAGAUAUUCUCCCAUCACGUAUCCUAGUGUGCUUGGAGAGCCUCUGCAUGGAGAAGAACUUGCGGCAUCAAUUCAGAGAGAGAGUCUUGACUGGAAACGAGCUCUGAGAUGUCUAAGACAUGCUUUCCGCAACACUCCAUCUCCCGACUGGUGGAGACGUGUGCUGCUUUUGGCACCAUGCCAUAGGCUUAAUACACAGGGACCUACCCCAGGGGCUGUGUUUACCUCUGAAAUGAUUAGUGAAGCAACAAUAGAUAGGAUAGUGGAAUUACUCAAGUUAACAAAUUCAGAAACAAACUGUUGGCAGGAGUGGCUUAUCUUUUCAGAUGUGUUCUUUUUCCUCAUGAAACAUGGAUGCAUUGAUUUUGUUGACUUUGUCGACAAGCUAGUUUCUCGACUCCAAGGUGGUGGUGAUCAACAUGUUCUCAGGACAAAUCACGUUACAUGGUUGCUAGCACAGAUUAUCCGUGUUGAGCUUGUCAUGAAUGCUCUAAAUUCAGACUCGAGAAAGGUGGAGACGACCAGAAAAAUCCUUUCAUUCCAUAAAGAAGAUAGAGGUUCUGACCCUAAUAAUUCCCAAAGUAUCUUGCUGGAUUUCAUUAGCAGUUGUCAGAAUUUAAGAAUUUGGUCACUGAACACAUCAACCAGAGAAUAUCUGAAUCACGAGCAACUUCAAAAGGGAAAGCAAAUAGAUGAAUGGUGGAGGCAGGUUAGCAAAGGUGAACGAAUUAUGAACUAUAUGAAUAUGGACGAAAGAUCUGUUGGGAUGUUUUGGGUGGUAUCGUAUACCAUGGCGCAGCCUGCUUGUGAAACAGUCAUGAAUUGGUUAACAUCUGCUGGAAUAACAGAGAUGUUAUCAGGAACAAAUAUGCAGUCAAAUGAGAGAUACAUGGUGAUGCAGGAAGUUAGCCCAUUGCCCAUAUCUUUGUUAUCUGGAUUUUCCAUAAAUUUAUGCUUGAAACUAGCAUAUCAGAUGGAAGAAUCUAUGUUUUCAGGACAGGUUGUGCCUAGCAUUGCAAUGGUCGAAACAUAUGUUCGUGUCUUGCUCAUUGCUCCUCAUGCAUUGUUCCGUUCACUCAUGACGCUUCUGACCCAGAGGAAUCAAAAUCCGCUGAGCAAACCUGCUGCUUUGAUUUUGGUCUUUGAAAUUCUGAACUACCGUUUACUAUCACUCUACAGGUACCAAGGAAAGAACAAAGGGUUAAUUCAUGAUGUCACAAAAAUUAUUGCUACACUGAAGGGAAAGCAUGGAGACCAUCGUGCUUUUAGGCUGGCGGAAAAUUUAUGCAUGAAUCUAAUACUAUCAAUGAGAGAAUUUUUUAAUGUGAAGAGGGACGGAAAGGGCCCAACUGAGUUUACUGAGACACUAAAUCGAAUAACCGUAACUAAUCUUGCCAUCAUCAUCAAAACUCGUGGGAUUGCAGAGGUUGAACAUAUGUUUUACCUCCAAACAAUGUUGGAACAGAUACUGGCCACCAGUCAACAUGUAUGGUCUGAGAAAACACUCCGCUAUUUCCCUAAUAUUUUACGUGAGGCGUUGGCUGGGCGUGUAGAUAAGAGAGGUUUGGCCAUUCAAUUAUGGCAGCAGGCAGAAGCAACUGUGAUUCAUCAAUGUAAUCAACUUCUUUCUACUAAUACUCAAUCCGAAUAUGUGACGACUUACAUAAAGCACAGUUUUCCUCAGCAUCGCCAGUAUCUUUGUGCUGGAGCAUGGGUACUUAUGUAUGGAUCCGAAAGCAUUAACGUCUCACAUCUUCGUCAUGUCCUGGGAGAAUUUUCCCCUGAAGAAGUUACUUCCAACAUAUAUACUAUGGUGGAUGUGGUACUGCAUCACUUCAACUUAGAACUGAAGCGCGGAUUACGUUCAUUGCAGGAUCUCAUGCUGAAAGUAUGCAACAACCUCGCCUUCUUUAUUUGGACCCAUGAAUUAAUACCUUUAGACAUUUUACUGUUGGCACUUAUUGACCGUGAUGAUGAUCCCAAUGCUCUGCGGAUUGUGAUAAAUAUACUCGAUAGCAAAGAGCUUCAACAAAGAGUGAAAAUGUAUCUUAUAAAUCGUGGUCCACCCGAGCACUGGCUUUUCUCUGGAACUUUCAAGCGUGUUGAAGUGCAAGAGGCUCUCGGAAUACACUUGUCAUAUAAAGAAAGGUAUCCAACAUUUUUUGAUGACAUCACAGGGAGGUUGCUCCCAGUUAUUCCCAUGAUCGUGUAUAGGCUCAUUGAAAACGAUGCUAUCGAUGCUGCCGACAGAGUCCUACAAGUUUACUCAACUUUCCUUCAUUACUAUCCUUUGAAUUUCACAUUUGUGCGUGACAUACUUGCUUAUUUCUACGGCCAUCUUCCUGGGAAACUCAUUCUCCCAAUUUUGCAUGUCCUGGACCUUAAGAAGAUCCCGUUUUCAGAAUCGUUCCCUCAGCACAUCAACUUGGCUAAUGCUCCCAUCUGCCCUCCACCGGACUACUUUGCGACCCUUCUGCUGGGUCUAGUGCAUCAUGUGAUUCCUCGCCUGAGCAAUUCUUCCAAAAACGGGGAGGUGGAGGAAGCCCAGUGGGCCCCACCUCACAAGGCUCCCCAGGCAACCUCACAGGCCGCCCCUGCAACUAGCUCCCCUCCUCUUCCCGAAGGUGGUCAAAAGCCAUUCUACCAGAUUCAGGAUCCCGGCACGCACACCCAGCUCAUUCUAGAAACCGCCGUCAUAGAAAUCCUCUCUCUCCCGGUCACCCCUUCCCAGAUUGUGUCCUCACUUGUUCAAAUUGUAGUCCACAUACAACCGACUCUGGUCCAGUCCAACAAUGGGGCUGCCUCAGGUUGUGUGCUGCCGACUUCCCCCUCCGGAGGGAGCACUGACUCAUUGGGCCCUACACGGACCACUUCUGCAGGAUCGGGUCUGACAACCACCAAUUUCGUGUGGCGAAGUGGAUACACGUGCCAGCAGCUGUCCUGCUUGUUGAUCCAGGCUUGCGGCCUUCUUCUGGCCCAGCUCCCUCUGGAUUUUCACGUCCAGCUCUAUAUCGAGGCGGCUCGUGUGAUAAAGGAGAGCUGGUGGCUUGCAGACGGAAAGAGGUCAGCUAGCGAACUCGAGUCUGCCGUUUGCUAUGCUCUGUUGGACCCAUCAUGGGCCGCACAGGACAAUACCUCGACUGCUGUUGGUAAUGUGGUUGCAUUGCUACAUGCUUUCUUCAGUAACCUUCCACUAGAGUGGAUGGAAGGAGCACAUGUUAUAGUUAAGCACCUGAGGCCCGUGACAUCAAUAGCUGGAUUGAGAAUAGCUUUUCGUAUUAUGGGUCCAUUGCUUCCCCGAGUUGCCAAUGCCCACACCCUCUUCAGUAAGAUAUUGUCACUUCUUCUAAGUGUCAUGGCCGAUGUCUUUGGGAGGAAUGUGCAGCCACCUGCUCCUAUUGAAGCAUCAGAAAUAGCCGAUAUUAUAGACUUUCUGCAUCACAUUGUCCACUACGAAGGACAAGGAGGCCCUGUACAAGCUAGCAGCAAGCCCAGACCCGAAGUCCUUGGUCUUAUCGGGCGAGCAGCUGAAACUUUACGUCCAGAUAUACAGCAUCUCCUUACUCACUUGAAAGCUGAUGUCAACAGUUCAGUAUAUGCUGCUACUCAUCCAAAAUUUGCUCAGAACAAUACCAAUACCAAUUGA